AUGGAUAGAUGCGGUAGCGAGCCGUGGCAAGAUGGCGGGCAAAAAGUUUCCCAAUGCCAAGGAAUCCUGGGAGUUUCCGUAAUAUCUCAUACAAAGGCCAACGCAACAAGAAACACUAUCCUCGUAGCUAUAGACCUACCAGGCUACAAUCCGUUUCCGGGAUUGGUUUCGAUCGGCGCUGAGAGCCCGCUUCUGCUAUAUACGGUGGUGACCGCCGCCGCGCCUCACAUGUCCAAUGUCCUCAGGCCUGGCGCCGACAAAUGGUUUGGUCAUCCACAAAGUAUCAACAAAUACGAUUGGAGUCCGUCCCGACGAGCUUUGGCGGAUGCCCUGGCGGCUAAGCAGAAGGCGCUCUACUUACUUCGCAUGGCUCUCAGCGAUGUAGAUGUGGUAGGAAAUGACAUGGUACUAACGGCCGUGAUUAUGCUUGUCACGGCUGAUAUGAUUGACUCUGGGAAAUAUGACUCCCAGGUCCAUGUUAAUGCUAUGGGCUGGUUGCUGAGCCAAGUACCUCCAAUAACUGGUGUUGGCGAGAUGCUCAAAGACUUCAUUAUAUCGGACUGUUAUAUGGCAUUUGCCUCAUCUGCUAUGCACUAUGCCGCUAGAAAUAGCUUCAUCUGCUGUCCAGCUGAAAUCUUACAAAUCAUGUGGUCUACUGCAAUGAUUUUGAAAGACCAGCCUACACUACACGGUGCAUAUGGUACAACCGAGGAAGGAUUGAAACUCAUGUUCAACGCCAUAUCAUUUGACGUGGCUUCGUGGUCAUGUAACAUUGAGAAUGUGCCGCGAGGUCGUCAAGUUACUGACAUUAACAGCCGGGCACAUUCAUGGUAUACGCAUCAAAUGGCAUGUUGCUUAUACAUCCUCUACGUAAUUCCUUCCGUUAGAAGGUUCUUGCCAGAAGGGACUGAGCAGAGUUUAGAGGCAGGGUUGAUGUGCCAUCUGCGUUCAAUUACUAACGAGGAUCCCAACUUCAAGACGUCGUUUUGGCCAACAUUCGUUGCUGGCGCCCAGACGCUGGAUGCAUAUCAGCAAGUUUGGAUCAAGGAUAGAAUGAUAAGGCAAUUGCGUCUCUUCCCGUGGGGUUUCUUGUACACCGCUAUAGAAACACUUCAACUCAUAUGGGAGCGACGCAACGUUCAACCAGAGCUGAACUGGCUACAGAUCUUAAGGAACCCUGAAGUUAGCUUUUUGAUGGUCUGA